AUGUCUGCAGGCAGUCGAGGAAUCCAGCUCCUCAUAUGGAUCAUUGUAUUCACCGUGCUGUGCACGGUUUGCAUCGGACUGCGCUUCUGGGCCGCGGCUCUCUCCAGGCGGAAGCUGCUUCCAGAUGACUACAUGGUCUUGUUUGCCCUGGCCAACACCAUCUCGUUGGAAGGAGUCGUCAUUUGGGCCAUCUACAAUGGCUUGGGCAAGCACACAAAUGAACUCAACCCGUAUGAAUUCGGCGUCCAGUUCAAGCUUAUCCUCGCGAGUGGAGUUACAUGGCUCUUGGGCACCGUCUUCAUCAAGCUGUCGGUUCUUUGGCUAUACACGAGAAUCUUUAGCACAAAGACCUUCAAGCUAUGGGCGCAUAUCAUGAUGGGGGUCGUCGCCUGCUAUGGCGUUGCCUUUCUGAUUCUCUUCAUGACUCAGUGUCGCCCCAUCUCUCAGCAAUGGGAUCCGGUGCCGGGAGGAACAUGCCGCAACAUUGUCGUCCAGGAGCUGACCUCUGUGUCGCUCAACAUGGUUGUCGAUAUCGGAAUUGUCAUUAUGCCUUUGCCUGUGCUCUGGAGUCUCCAGCUGGCUGUUCGCUCAAAGCUGGUCGUCUCCGUCAUGUUUAGCAUUGGUUUCAUUACCAUUGGCAUCAUGGCAUGGCGACUACAGUUUACUAUUUCGACACUAAACGAUACCGAUUUCGUCUUCAACCUCUUCGACAUCGGAUUGAUCAGUCUGCUCGAACUGUGGCUGGGCAUCAUCGCUGCCUGCAUUCCUACCCUCGGACCCCUGCUCAAGACCUACGUCAAGCCGGUCAUCACAAGACUGACCGAGCUGUCUGAUGGGAAUAAUAUCCGCCUCCAGAGCAAAACUGCUGGAUCCGGGGUUGAUAGCAGGAGCACUCUAUACGCCAAAAAGCAGUAUAGCCAGAUUGAGGAAGAGUCUUCGAAGAGCUUCCAUACCAACGGAGCUGAAAUCCCGACGGUAACGACAAACAUCAUGUUUGAGCCUGGAAAAAAGACUGUGACGGAAACGCGGGGCGUCAUCUAUGUUCAGCAUGAUAUUGAAGCACAGUAA